UAAGAUCUCAACUAGUUCAGUCAACAUUGGACCAGUUUAUUCCCUAUAAGGGCUGGAAACUUUAUUUCUCUGAAGCUUAUAUGGACAAGUCCCCUUUUGUCCAGAAGACUCGAGCUUUUGAAGAGUUUUUCGUGAAACGCAUUGACCUUUAUGAUAAGGAUGAAAUAGAAAGAAAAGGAAGCAUCCUUGUGGAUUAUAAGGAAAUGAUACAAGACAGAGAACUAACUAAAUCAAUACAAGAUAUAUCUACUGAAUUAAGGGAUAUGCCUCAGAAAAUACUGCAAUGUAUGGGUCUGGCAAUUCAUCAGGUGUUAACAAAGGACCUGGAAAGGCAUGCCGCAGAGCUACAGGUGCAGGAAGGAUUACCACUUGACGGAGACCCUAUAAUAAACGUGCCUCUCAUUCAUGCUAGGGUGUACAACUACGAGCCACUGACUCAGCUGAAAAAUGUUCGGGCCAACUGCUACGGAAAAUACAUCGCCCUGCGUGGUACUGUUGUGCGUGUCAGUAACAUUAAGCCUCUCUGCACUAAGCUAGCUUUUGUAUGUUGUGCAUGUGGAGAUGUUCAAAGCGUUCCUCUGCCGGAUGGAAAGUACACUGUUCCAACUAAG